CCGAUAGAGAAGGCAAGAAACCCUAAACGCCGAAAGGGAAGGGGGUGAGAAAUGGGUAGAGGAAAGAUCGUGCUAAAGAGAAUCGACGACUCCAUGAGCAGGCAAGUCACUUUCUCGAAGAGAAAAAAAGGGUUGCUCAAGAAGGCAAGGGAGCUUUCCAUACUCUGCGAUGCCGAGGUGGGAGUCAUCGCCUUCUCUGGCACUGGAAAGCUUUACGAUUUCGCAAGCUCUAGUAUGCAGUCAGUGCUACAACGUUACAAGGAGUUAAGGGAGGAAGGCGACCAACUACUUAAUCCAGCUUCAGAAAUAAAGCAUUGCCAAAGAGAGGUCGCAAGCUUAAGCCAACAGCUACAGCAUCUGCAAGAGUGCCACAGGCAAGUGAUGGGAGAACAACUCACUGGCCUCAGUGCCAAAAAUCUGCAAAAUCUAGAAAACCAACUGGAGAAGAGCCUAAAGAGUGUUCGGGCCAAAAAGAAGCAAAUUUUCUCUGACGAGAUAAAAGAGCUGAACUCAAAGGGAAACGCGAUACAUCAGGAAAACAUAGGGCUGCAAAAGAAGAUAAGUCUCCUCCAUCAGGAAAAUAAUGCAUUGAGAAAGAAGGUUUAUAAAGCAAGGGAUGUGAAUGAAGCUUACCAAUAUUCCCAUGAACCAUCAAAUAGGACCAUAGUACAUGACUUGUUUGCACCUUCAAACCUCCAGCCAAGCCAGCCACAACCUCAAAGUAAAUGAAGCCUGUCUAGAAGCAACCA